AUGUCCUCAAAUGUCGGCCUCACCACCCCAAGAGGAAGUGGUACCUCAGGAUACGUCCAAAAGAACAGCGCAUUCAUCAAACCCCGCAACACAGGCUAUGGCGCACCCUACCCACCCGUCAGCGGCGCAAACGGCAGCAGCCCAAUGGACCGGCCCUUCAAGCAACGUCUCCCAGACAAGCAGAUCCUCGAACAUGACCGGAAGCGGGCCAUUGAAGUGCGCGUGAUGGAAGAGAGGGAUCGGCUCGAAGAGGAGAACGAGAGAAUUGAAGAGGAACAAGCCAAGAACAGCAAAUCGAAGUCAAAGAUGAGCUCCAAGAAGGAGAAGAAUGCCGAGGGCGAUGAUAAGGAAGAGGGCGAAGAUGAAGAUGUCGAAAAGGUCCUAAGCGAAGAGGAAAUCGAUGCUCGGUGCGAAAUUCUUCGUGUGAGGUUACUCAAGGAACUCGAGGGCGAGCUUGAUGGUGGUGGCACGGGCGUGUUCAAGAAGCCUGCCGCUGGAGGCCGGGAUAAGAGGCAGCUUAAGUCUUAUCAGGUUCAUGAGCUUGCUGAAGCUAAGAUUGAGGAGACGGAUCGGUUGCGGAGGGCAUUUGGACUUCGGGAGGAUCGGGAGACUGGGGAGAUUUCUAGUUCGAGAGAUUCCUGGGGUAAUCGCGAGGGGAGGGAGAGGAGGAGGGAGAGGGAUUGA